UGACAUCUGUUGUCUCCAGAUUAACAGCUGGGGUCACGUAAGGCCAUAGACUGUUUUCCGGAUCCUCUGAUUGGUCUUGCUGCUGUUGCUCUGCUUUUCAAGGAAUUAAUGGACCGUUGUCGCCCACCAUAAAACAUCAUCUGCUAAAACAAAUGGCGGCUGUCAAAACACAUUGGGCAAGGCUUGUGAGCCUUGAAAUAUUGUAGUUUUUGCAGUAAUAGAGGAACUUGCAUAUGAAUGAAGUCAUGACUGACCGUACCCCAAAAAGGAUGUGCAGGAAGGGUGUGCGACAAAUGCAUCCAACAGGGAUAACACCCAAAAGAAAGAAAAAUUUCUCAGGAACCAUGCCAUAAUGGGAGAUGGACUAGAGAUGAGGAGAAAUUUUUGACACACUCUGUGGAGAGCAGGGAGGUGGGAGGUGGAAAAUAUCAAAUACAAAGACUGGAAGGACUGUGCCGAUCAAAUGAAUACUGCCUUUCAACUUAACAGGACAGCUUCAUCAUGCAUGAAUGCAUUCACCCGAAAACGCAGAUUGAAUCCACCAUCUAAAAAGACCAGAGAAGUGGGUGUACAGACUGAUGCAACUUUUGGGCCUUUGAUUGAAGUGACCUGGUCAUGUAGCAGUCAGGCACUUUAUACCAUUCAUUCGCAUUCCUUAAUAAGAUCUAUGUUAUCAAAUGUAUCAGUCAGUGAACCAGCCUCACCUGCUAUAUGCUCACAGACCAGCUGCCAUGUCUCUGAUAUACCGUCAACUGAUGCCACACAUAACUACUCGCAACCAGUUACAGUCAGUAAACCAUCCGCACCUGCUAUACGCCCACAGACCUGCCAUGUCUCUGAUAUACCGUCAACUGAUGCCACACAUAACUACUCGCAACCAGUUACGGUCGGUAAACCAUCCGCACCUGCUAUACGCCCACAGACCUGCCAUGUCUCUGAUAUACCGUCAACUGAUGCCACACAUAACUACUCGCAACCAGUUACAGUCAGUAAACCAUCCGCACCUGCUAUACGCCCACAGACCUGCCAUGUCUCUGAUAUACCGUCAACUGAUGCCACACAUAACUACUCGCAACCAGUUACAGUCAGUAAACCAUCCGCACCUGCUAUACGCCCACAGACCUGCCAUGUCUCUGAUAUACCGUCAACUGAUGCCACACAUAACUACUCGCAACCAGUUACAGUCAGUAAACCAUCCGCACCUGCUAUACGCCCACAGACCUGCCAUGUCUCUGAUAUACCGUCAACUGAUGCCACACAUAACUACUCGCAACCAGUUACGGUCGGUAAACCAUCCGCACCUGCUAUACGCCCACAGACCUGCCAUGUCUCUGAUAUACCGUCAACUGAUGCCACACAUAACUACUCGCAACCAGUUACAGUCAGUGAACCAGCCACACCUGCUAUACGCCCACAGACCUGCCAUGUCUCUGAUAUACCGUCAACUGAUGCCACACAUAACUACUCGCAACCAGUUACAGUCAGUGAACCAGCCACACCUGCUAUACGCCCACAGACCUGCCAUGUCUCUGAUAUACCGUCAACUGUCACGUUUCCAUACAUUGGGUAUCAACAAAGUGUAUCGAUACCUUGCAGGUGUAUACUGUUUUGUUUAUAAAUUUAUUUUGAUUGCAAAUAAUUGGGGUAUUUUUACUAGUCUACAAAUAAUCUGCUUCAGAGUUACCAUCUACCUUGGACGAAGUGGUAAUCCACAAGGAAAUGUCAGUAGUCCUAGACUAGAAGAUGUAUGCUAAUUUAAAACAUUGAAUAAAACAACUUUUAACAUGAAUUAUGCUCGUUAUGGAUUCAUGUUGUUCUAUAAUAAGGCCUAAAGGGUAUGAUAAUACAAACGGAUGGAAGACAGUACAUCUGCAGUCCAACUUUGCAACUUCGACAUUACAUAAACAGCGGUAGAAACUAACAGUUUCAGUCCACUAGUCCUUAUAAUGAUAUCAUAUAGCAAAACCUUUAA